GCACCCCUCAUCUCAUGGCUCGCUCUUUCUCUCUCCUCUUCUUUCUCCUCUUCUCUCUGUUCUUCGUCGCUUUGACUUCAUCGGAGCUUCACUCCGGCGGAUCCGAUGACGAUAUCAUCAUCCGACAGGUAGUGCCGGAGCUCGGCGACGUUGAGGGCAGCGAGGAGGAGAAUCUUUUGACCGCCGAUCACCAUCAUUUCUCGAUCUUCAAGAGGAGGUUUGGGAAAUCGUACGCCUCGCAGGAGGAGCACGAUUACAGGUUCAAGGUCUUCAAGGCAAACCUGCGCCGGGCGCGGAGGCACCAGCAGCUCGAUCCAUCGGCGACUCACGGCGUGACUCAGUUCUCUGAUUUGACGCCUGCGGAGUUUCGCGGGACUUACUUAGGGUUGAGGCCUCUCAAGCUUCCUCAUGAUGCUCAAAAGGCUCCGAUCCUUCCAACCAAUGAUCUUCCAGAGGAUUUUGAUUGGAGAGAUCAUGGUGCAGUUACAGCUGUCAAAAAUCAGGGUUCGUGUGGGUCUUGCUGGUCUUUCAGUACUACUGGAGCGCUGGAAGGUGCUAACUUCCUUGCAACUGGGAACCUUGUUAGCCUUAGCGAGCAACAGCUUGUGGAGUGUGAUCACGAGUGCGAUCCAGAGGAAAUGGGUUCAUGUGACUCUGGAUGCAAUGGUGGGCUGAUGAACACUGCUUUUGAGUACACACUCAAAGCUGGUGGUCUCAUGAAAGAGGAGGACUAUCCUUAUACUGGCACUGAUCGUGGGAGCUGCAAAUUUGACAAGACCAAAAUUGCAGCAUCAGUUUCCAACUUCAGUGUUAUCUCCCUUGAUGAAGAUCAGAUUGCUGCUAAUCUUGUGAAAAAUGGUCCACUUGCAGUGGCCAUCAAUGCAGUGUUCAUGCAGACAUAUGUUGGGGGAGUGUCAUGCCCAUACAUAUGCUCAAAGAGGUUGGACCAUGGAGUGUUACUGGUGGGGUAUGGUUCAGCAGGCUACGCUCCCAUCCGGAUGAAGGACAAGCCUUACUGGAUCAUAAAAAACUCAUGGGGUGAGAACUGGGGAGAGAAUGGAUUCUACAAAAUCUGCAGGGGUCGCAAUGUGUGUGGUGUGGACUCCAUGGUCUCAACCGUGGCUGCUGUGCAUACCACCUCAAAUUAGGUGAAAGGUAGGGUUUGAACUCUGAACUGUAUUUUAAUUGUUGAAUCAGACGGUGAUUAUUGUAUAUAAGCUCAAGGAGCGUGGGCAUAAUUACAUAUCAUCCUCCCAAGUACUCUAAGACAGUAACUUAAAUUUGCUUUUGGCUUUGCCAGAACAAUGAAAUGUUAUUAUCUUAUCUUAUAUUUAACUGUAAGUUGGAUUAUGCUUGACUAGUUGGAUUGGUUUUUUUGA